UCUCUCAGUGUUUGUGAGCUUCCUGGUGUAAGGAGCACCUCGCAGCCGUACAAUUACCCCCCCCCGUGCUGUCUGAUGCCCCCUGACCCCAGAGGGGACACCCAAGGGGGCACAUUGCAGUAAUGGAGAGCAGUUCCAAGGCCCCGGGGUCCCUCUCUGGGAUUCUGGAGAAGAGACGUCAGAACCUGAAAUUCCAUUGGAAAGUCUACAACUUUGUGCUGGAGGGGUCAGCGCUGUCCUAUUACAAGCUCCGGGGGAACAAUGAGAAAGAGGGGGAGCUGUGGGGCACAAUCGAACUGCGAGAUGUGCAGUGCUUGAACUCCACUGAUGCCAUUGGUCAUCGUUAUCCAAUAGAAGUGACCCUGAGGAGCGGGAAGGUCAUAUUGCUGUCUGCAGAUUGCAACAUGGAGAGGAUGAAGUGGCUUCAGGCCUUGCAGGACAAGAUGAUGGAACUGAGAAGCCGGCGCUCAUCCGAUACCCCUGUUGUGCGGGAGAGGCCAGGAGAAUAUAGUCGUGGGAUCUGUGAUUGGAUGACUCAGUCCAAUCCCAGUGACACAUCUGGAAUCACAGGGGGCAAAGAAGGUGACAUUGCUGAUCUGGACUCAUUCAUUGAUCAGACAUUCGAUGGGAUCACAUUCAAUCGGCAGUCAAAGUUUAUAAAGAAAGAAGCCAACGGAGAGCAGCGAGAUCCAGGAAACACAACCUGAAGGUGCCGGCGAAUGGAGGGAAAUAGAAGCAGCCAUACUCCAGGCUACUAACACCUCCUUGUGUCUAACAGACGGACGAGCUCCUACACUGAGCGCUUUUGGAGAAUAUUCCAUCUCCCAUUUCUCACCAAUUAACCUGUGCCUAACGAGGCCGCCAAUGAGACAAUGGCCCCCGCCAGUACAAUGCUCGCCAGCUCUGUGAAGGACAAACACGCUGCCUCGCUGAUACUUCACUUGCAAGAGAAAAACCGCCACAGAUACAGACAUAGUUACCAUGGAAACCGCACUUGUGUACAGUUUUGCUUUUAAUAUUUCUGUUUGAACUGCUGCACAGAGCCUCGCUGCUCCCUCUCCCGCGUUAUUCAUUCCCCCAUAUAAACGUUAAUGUGGUGACAGGGCGGGAGCUGUGUAUGGGCUCAUACAAUGGCCGCUACAUUCUAUCAUUAGGCGCUCGGUCAUUUUACCAUGAGAUUUUUUUUUAACCCUUUACUCUAUUGACUGUCAUGUGACAACAGAAAAAUUGUUCAAAAGAUUUAAUAAAACUGAGUUUGAAUGAGA